GCGGCCCCGCUCCGGCCCGGACUGAAAUGGCUCCGCAGCAACAAGUGCCCCAGGAAAUUACGUGCGGCCCACGCCUCGGAUUCGGGGUCUCGUCAGGCCCCGGUCACAGGGUCCCAGUCGGCAGGAGGCCCCGAACGAGUGGAGCAGCUGCGAGGCCCUGGCGCCGAGGGCCGAGCACCGAGGGAUAUUAGUAACCGAGUCGCCCCCAACCUCCCCCUCCUCCUCCCUUCCUUCCUUCACCCUCCCCCGGCUCGGGCUUGGCCCGCCCUAGCGGCUCAGUGAGGAUGCGUGGAGACGGACCAAUGAGGGCAAAAAGGGAGGCCAAGUGAGAGGGGGGGAAAAAAAACAGAAGCACUGAAACCUGGAAGAAACUACUUCCAUUCAAGGAAACCGUGUUACUAAAACGAAAGUGACCUCAUGCAUCGGUUGUGACAACGUGACGCACUAGCAUGUUCCAUCAUCACUGUAGAAGAAAUCCGGAAUUGCAGCAGGAACUGCAGAUCCAAAAUGCUGUUGCAGCUGGUGAUGUUCAUACAGUGCGCAAGAUGCUGGAGGAAGGCUAUUCUCCGAAUGGUCGGGAUGCAAAUGGAUGGACACUACUUCAUUUUUCUGCUGCCAGAGGCAAAGAAAGAUGUGUAAGAGUAUUCUUAGAGCAUGGAGCUGAUACCACUGUUAAAGACUUAAUUGGCGGUUUCACUGCUUUGCAUUAUGCGGCUAUGCAUGGCCGAGCACGGAUUGCACGGUUGAUGUUAGAAUCGGAACACAGACCUGACAUUAUUAAUGCAAAAAGUAACGAUGGUUGGACUCCUCUCCAUGUGGCUGCUCAUUAUGGCAGAGAUUCAUUUGUCAAACUUCUACUGGAAUUCAAGGCUGAGGUUGACCCUCUCAGUGAUAAAGGCACCACACCACUUCAGCUCGCCAUUAUCCGAGAACGCUCAAGCUGCGUAAAAAUCCUUUUGGAUCACGAUGCCAACAUUGAUAUUCAAAAUGGUUUCCUACUACGUUAUGCAGUGAUCAAAAGCAACCACUCGUACUGUCGAAUGUUCCUUCAAAGAGGGGCAGACACGAACCUUGGCCGACUUGAGGAUGGUCAGACCCCACUGCACUUGUCUGCACUAAGGGAUGAUGUGCUUUGUGCACGGAUGUUGUACAAUUAUGGUGCAGACUGUAACACAAGGAACUAUGAGGGACAGACCCCUCUGGCUGUGUCUAUUAGUCUAUCUGGAGCCAGCAGACCCUGCCUGGAUUUCUUACAGGAAGUCACAAAAGACAGUAGUUCCUCGAAUCUUGCAUGGAGAAUAGAAAAAAAAUACGAAGGACAGCCUAGAAAUUUACAGGAUCUGUGCCGAAUUAAAAUCCGGCAGUGCCUAGGCCUGCAGAAUUUGAAAGGACUUGAUGAACUCCCUCUUGCAAAGGUCAUGAAAGACUAUUUGAAGCACAAGUUUGAUGAUAUCUGAAUGCUGAAUACUCGAGACUUGGGGGUUCGAAGUAGAUGCUGCCUUGCACCAAGUACAUCCUAUGCAAUUCCCGAUUUGAUAAGAUUUUAAGUCAAAAUACGGGUAUCACACCUCUCUGAAACAACUUAUUUGUCCCCCCUCUAGGAGAACUGCUCUGUGCUCUCAUCCAAAAAGGAAUAUUCCAAGCUGGCCUUUUGGUCAGUCUGUAUGUAUGACUUCUAAAAUUUGAAAACAAAAUCAUUCUGCCCCAAAAUAAAGAAGAUGGUCCAUGGAUAACUUCUAUUCAACAAAAUCAUUUUAAAUUAUUGACUGCAGAAGUUUCAAACUGGAAGGAUGGAAUAGUCAAAAUUUUAUAUUGGAGGUCACAAAACAGNAAAAAAAUAAGCUACAAAAAUACAAUUUGGAAAUCUCUGUUUUUGUUGGAGUGCCAUAUUCUGGCCAGGCUUUCGUGUUUUUAUCAGUGCCAGAAUUUAAAAGACCAGUGUGAUUUAUCAGGAGUUUUUAUUAUAAUGUCUCCCUUCUGUUCGCUGUCUCCCCAAAUUGUAAUGCUCUGCACAGCAGUUAUACUGUUGUAUAAUGGUAAUUGCUUAACCACCAUUGUAACACAGUGUAACACACAUGGAUAGGUUGAUGUGCUGAGUGUGGAAGUAUUUUAAAAUAAGAUCGGAGGGAUAAAGAGUUGGUGCUGACCAAGGCUUAGACAUCUUAAAAAUUUUAAUAUAUUUCUCACUGUGCUUUUAAGCCUUAUUCUGCCUCUUAGUACCUGUCUAUCCCAAUGUCUUUUCUGGGCUCUUCUGCUACAAGCAUUUUCUCAUUUAUCCCACACUAGAAGCUCCUACAAGUCCCAAAUAUGAAGUUAUCCCCACCCAUCUCAUGAUGCUGCAAUGUAUGCCAUACAAUCAACUCGUUCCUUUUUUUUUAACAUUUCAAUAUCAAAUGUCUUGCAUUGCACAAAGGCACGUUUGGGUCUGACUGGAGAAGCUAUAACUGAGCAUUGUAUAGUUGAUACAGCAGGAUGUGAGAAGCAGAAGUACAUUUUUGUGUGUCUGUAUAUAUGUGAGUAUUAAUAUAUACCAUAAUUUUAGUAUGUAUUCCUGUGAAAGGUAUUUCAGGACAAAUCAUUUUUGUACACUUAAUUUUGUUCAAAACUGUAAAAUUAAGUGUACCAUAUCUUUCAUUUCUUCAUCAAAUUCUUGGCAAAACAACUAGGAGAAAUGUUUCUCACACUUGAAUGGAAUGUAUCCUGUGCACGGUUUGUAUGUUCUCAGCAGAACUCAAAUCGCACUGAUGUUCAAAAUAAAUUUACUAUCAGUACAAUUA